UGUGCCAGGAAGAGGGGCAGAGACUUCAGCAAAUCACAAAUCUAGGAUCUUCCUCCCCCCCCCCCAACCUUCUUCGUAGUCCUAGCAACAGGGAAUUCCAGAAUUCUACACCUGCUCCCCAUUUCAUGGAAGACUCAAGCUCCCUGAAGCAAGAGAUAGAAAACCAUGAAGAUCAAGCGGCAGGUUCCCUCUGGGUAAACACAGCCACCGUUUCUUCUGAAGAACCUGAGCCUGAGUUUCCUGAACCUUCGAAGUCAGAGCUGCAGGAGCUUGAAACUGCACCUCAGCCCAGGAGCCCCCCUCCUCCAAGCCCGAGCCCUCAGUCUGGAGCUGGCAAGUUUUUGCAUGACCCUACAGGACCAAGACCACCAUCUGUACCAAGGCCAGCUCAGGAACCUUCUACUCCACCAAUAGUGCUGGCAAGACUGGACCUUGCAACACCAUCCCCAGCACAUUCUGACAAGGAUGCCCACGUGGUUCCAGAGGCUGGGACACCUCACUCCUCCAACAACCGGCAACAUUCACCUGAUGAGCUGGAGGGAAAUGCUUGUGAACUGUUUCAGCAACUUGAACUGCGCCAACAAGAACAGAGCAGUUACGCACACAAAGAGCUUAAAUUUGAUAUUCUUCCGGUGGAAGAUUCGGGCAGUAACUGUAAUCCGAGCCUGCCUGAGGAUGGGGUCUCUGAAGUGACUCCUGGCAUGUAUGAGAUUGCUGUUCAGAAUGCUAAAGCUUACCUACUGAAGACCAGCAGCAAGUCAGGUUUAAAUCUAUAUGAUCAUCUUUCUAAUAUGCUGACCAAGAUCUUAGAUGAACGUCCUGAAAAUGCUGUAGACAUCUUUGAAAAUAUUAGCCAAGAUGUGAAGAUGGCACAUUUUAGUAAAAAAUUAGAUACACUUCAAAAUGAGAAUGAGAUGCUUCCGACUUAUGAAAUAGCAGAGAAGCAGAAGGCCCUUUUUCUCCAAGGAAAUUCGGAGGGAGCUGACCAAGAACUGGAAGAUGAAAUAGCAGAAUCCCCUCUUCCAAAUGUAAUGGAAUCAGCCUUUUAUUUUGAACAAGCUGGAGUUGGUUUGGGCACGGAUGAGACUUACCGAAUUUUUCUUGCCCUCAAGCAGCUUACUGACACACACCCCAUCCAAAAAUGCAGAUUCUGGGGAAAGAUCUUGGGGCUGGAAAUGAAUUACAUUAUAGCUGAAGUGGAAUUUCGGGAGGGAGAUGAAGAGGAGGUGGAAGAGGAGGAUGCAAUUGAAGAGAGAGAGAAUGGAGAUAGUGAAGCUGAUGAAGAUAAUGAAGAUGAAUUACCAAAGUCAUUUUAUAAGCCCCCACAAAUUAUCCCCAAAGAAGAAAACAGAACAGGUGCCAACAAAUAUGCUUAUUUUGUUUGCAAUGAACCAGGAAGACCCUGGGUGAAAUUACCAUCAGUUACACCCGCACAAAUUGUUAUUGCAAGAAAAAUCAAGAAGUUUUUCACUGGGCAGUUGGAUAGUCCCAUUAUAAGCUACCCUCCCUUCCCAGGAAAUGAAAGUAAUUACUUACGAGCACAAAUUGCCAGAAUUUCAGCAGGGACCCAUGUCAGCCCUCUAGGAUUCUAUCAGUUUGGUGAAGAAGAAGGGGAGGAAGAGGAAGAAGUUGAAGGUGGACGAGAUAGCUUUGAAGAAAACCCAGAAUUUGAAGGCAUCCCAGUGAUUGAUCUAGUGGAAUCCCUAUCCAACUGGGUUCAUCAUGUCCAACAUAUUCUCCCACAGGGUCGCUGUAAUUGGUUCAACCCCAAUCAAAAAAGUGAGGAGGAAGAAGAGGAAGAAGACGAAGAAAAAGAAGAAGAAAAAGGAGAAGAGCCAGACUACGCAGAGCAGGAAGUGGGACCACCUCUUUUGACACCAAUCUCUGAAGAUUUAGAGUUCCAGAGUACGCCACCUUGGACAACACGGCUAUCCUCGAAUAUCGUUCCUCAGUAUGCCAUUGCAGUGCUGAGAUCCAAUCUUUGGCCUGGGGCAUAUGUCUUUUCCAAUGGCAAAAAGUUUGAAAAUUUCUACAUAGGCUGGGGUCAUAAAUAUAGUCCAGAUAACUAUACACCUCCAGUUCCACCACCAGUUUAUCAAGAAUACCCCAGUGGACCAGAGAUUACAGAAAUGGAUGACCCAAGUGUGGAAGAGGAGCAGGCUUUCAGAGCAACACAAGAAGCAGCCACACUUCCAGAUGAGGAAAAUGGAGAAACUGAGGAAGAUGAAGAUGAAGAAGAUUAUGACUAAUAUAAAUUUAGUCCAAUCUUAUGUGAUACUGAUACCUGUAUACCCUUUUUGUGGAACUUAAUGAACAUUAAAGAUACACGUGUAAUAUAUAAAAUUGUAUGAAGACAGAAGCAUUUAUGCAAAAUAUCACCCCUUUGCAAUGUGAAUUUUGGAAUUUCACAUGUGGAAAUAUUAAUAAGAGUUUAAGAAUGAUGCUCAACAAAAUUUUAGAAGUAAAGCAACAUUCUUACAUCACUUUUACAAUUACUACAGAUAAUAGAAUACAUGCUAUAUCCUUUUAAAACAAAGAUAUCUUGUUAAACUUUUAAUAUGAAGCAUUUCAAGUGCUAUUUGACAAUAUAUUUUAAUUAAAUGAUGGUAAUAACUAAAUAUAAUCUUUAUGAAGGAAAGAUUUAUUUCACUGUUCAAAUAUGAUCUUAAUCACCUAUUAUGUCUGUUCAUAUAUUCAUCUUUCUGCUAGGGAGAGUUAUAGCUACAUCAUCUUAAAGAUAGUGGAACAUCCAAUAAAAACAUUAUUUGUUGAGAAUUCUAAGUUAAACAUGAAUGGGGAGUUGUCCUUUUAAAAAGAUUAAGGUAUUUAUUCCCUAUGGCUGGAGCGAUAGCACAGCAGGUAGGGUGUUUGCCUUGCACGAAGCGACCUGGGUUUGAUUCCUCCGCCCCUCUUGGAGACCCCGGCAAGCUACCGAGAGCAUCCCGCCCACAUGGCAGAGCCUGGCAAGCUACCCAUGGCGUACUCAAUAUGCCAAAAACAGUAACAAGUCUCACAAUGGAGACAUUACUGGUGCCUGCUCGAGCAAAUCGAUGAACAACGGGAUGACAGUGACAAUGAGUUUUCACAUUUUUUUAAAUUUUGUUUUGUUUUGGGACAUAUCAGGCAAUACUCAGGGGCUACUUCUGGCUGACACUCAGGAAUUACUCCAGGCAGUGCUUGGGGGACCAUAAGGCAUGUGGAGAAUUAAAUUCCCGUUAGCAUUUCUCCGCGCCCGCACCCCCAGAAUGACUGACGAAGAGGAGGGAGCUGCUUGGGACACUAGCAGCCCACCAGCAACCUGCAGUAUGUGACUUGAGAGUUUCCGCCAGGUCCCCCAUGUGGGGGCCCGGCGUUUCUCUUUUUUUUUUCUUUAAUCUCUCUCUCUUUCCCUCAACUUCUCCUGGGCACAGCACAGCAUCUACCCCACUUCUCUGAGCACAAAAGGAGAGACGCACCCAAAUGCGCGGCGCGGCUGGCGGGGGAUCAAGGGCGGGGAAGUACCGGUCUCCGCCCACAUCGGAUACUUAAAGAGAGUGCAGCCACGUGGGCUUUCCCAUUUCUCCGUGCCCGCACCCCCAGAAUGACUGACGAAGAGGAGGGAGCUGCUUGGGACACCAGCAGCCCACCAGCAACCUCCAGUAUGUGACUUGAGAGUUUCCGCCAGGUCUCCCGUGCGGAAAUCUCUCUCUCUCUCCUUCAACUUUUUCCCUGGACUUUAGACAGAAACCCAAAACCACGCGGCCGCAGCAGCGGCCGCGCGACCUAAUGUCAUCUUAGUAUCAGCAAUAUGUAAUGGUUCCUUCUUAAUGGGUCGGACUUUUGUGGGUGAUCCUAACAAGAAUAGUAAGUAUUUUGUUGAAAUAUUGAAGGCAAUCAAAAUGGUAGUCAUCUCUCUAGACUGAACUAAGCUAUAUCCCCACGCCGGCUGAGAAGAAAUAUCCUUCUUUCUCGGGAAGAAACGUGGCGUGGUGUCAAACAUAGUGUGAUGUCCAUUAAGCAAACAGACCUGGUGGCGUGGGAAUGGGAAAUAAGGGGAAAAAUUAGGUACAUGGACCAGCGGGACGCUGGUGGUAUCUCGAGCCGGAGCCGAUAUCAGCGCAAGACCUUCGGUUCCAGAAACUGCUUGCAGACACUCUACUAGACUAUCAACUAAGCCAGAGCCCCACGCCGGCUGAUGACGGGAAAUAACCAUCCUCUUCGGUUUUUUUCCCUUUGUCAGACAGCGUGGCGAUUACUAAACAGGCGUGAACUCGGUGGCGCGGGGCAAGGGGGAAAAAGAAAAGUUAUGUAACAAACAGCAGGACUUAAUAUCUCUAUAUUCUUAGCAAUGGAGAACUAUCAAAUGCCUCAUUGGCAAUAGGACUGUCUUUUUCUUUUUGGGGGGAAACCCCAGCAACGGUAGUGAGUUGUGUGUUGAAACAUGGAAUGUAAUCGAGAUAAGCGUAAAUGAAGUGAA